AUGUCCUUCCUUGGUGGCGCCGAGUGCUCGACGGCGGGCAAUCCGUUGACUCAGUUCACCAAGCACGUCCAAGAUGAUAAGUCCCUACAGAGAGAUCGCCUCGUGGGGCGAGGCCCAGGAGGCAUGCAAGAAGGCAUGCGGUCCCGGGGUAUGAUGGGAGGACAAGAUCAGAUGAUGGACGAAUUCGCCCAACAACCCGGCCAGAUCCCCGGUGCUCCCCCGCAACCGUUCGCUAUGGAACAGCUGCGACGCGAGCUAGAUCAGUUCCAAACCACACCUCCGAGGACGGGCUCCCCCGGCUGGGCGGCCGAGUUCGAUGCGGGCGAGCAUGCCCGGAUGGAGGCUGCGUUUGCCGGGCCCCAGGGCCCCAUGAUGAAUAAUGCGUCGGGAUUUACGCCCGCGGAGUUUGCCCGGUUCCAGCAGCAGAGUCGGGCUGGCAUGCCUCAGACGGCUAACCAUGUGGCGUCUGCCCCGUCGCCGAUGAUGGCUGGGUACCAGCGGCCCAUGGGUAUGGGAGGGUAUAUGGGCAUGGGUGGAAUGGGGAUGAUGCCGCAGACAUUUAACCCGAUGGCGAUGCAGCAGCAGCCGGCAGAGGCGACUACGCAGGACAAGGGCAAGGGACGCAUGGUGGAGCUGGACGACGAGAACUGGGAGGCACAGUUUGCCGAGAUGGAGACGGCGGAUACCCAGAAAUUGGACGAUGAGGCCAACGCAGCUGUGGAGGCAGAGCUGAAUGAUCUGGAUAGGUCAGUCCCCCAAGAUUCGGGCGAUAGUGCCUUUGAAAGCGUGUGGCAACGGGUCCAAGCUGAGACCGCAACAAACAGGAAACUGGCCGAGGGCGAGACCGACUUUAACAUUGACGACAAUCUGCAUAUGGGUGAGAUGGGCGAAUGGGACGGAUUCGAUACGCUUAACACGCGCUUCCGGAACCCUCAACUAGGCGAUUAUAUGUUCGAAGAAGAUAACGUGUUCCGGAGCGUGAGCAAUCCUUUCGAAGAGGGAGUGAAGAUCAUGCGCGAGGGUGGAAACCUCUCCCUGGCUGCCUUGGCUUUCGAGGCGGCAGUCCAGAAAGAUCCUCAACAUGUCCAGGCCUGGACCAUGCUGGGAUCGGCUCAGGCGCAGAACGAGAAGGAGCUUCCCGCCAUCAGAGCGCUGGAGCAGGCACUUAAGAUUGAUGCUAACAAUCUGGAUGCGCUGAUGGGACUGGCUGUUUCCUACACCAACGAGGGCUAUGACUCGACAUCGUACCGCACUUUGGAGCGUUGGCUGUCAGUCAAGUACCCCCAGAUUAUCAACCCUAAUGAUGUUUCAUCGGAAGCCGACUUGGGCUUUACGGACCGCCAGCUCCUGCACGACCGUGUCACCGAUCUCUUCAUCCAGGCUGCUCAGCUGUCGCCAUCUGGCGAGCAAAUGGACCCGGACGUCCAGGUCGGUCUUGGCGUUCUCUUCUACUGCGCAGAGGAGUAUGACAAGGCGGUCGAUUGCUUCUCUGCUGCGUUGGCGUCCACGGAAUCCGGAACGUCGAACCAACAGGAGCAGCUCCACCUGCUGUGGAACCGUCUGGGUGCUACGCUUGCCAACUCGGGUCGCUCCGAGGAGGCGAUCGAGGCCUACGAGCAGGCGCUGAACAUCAAUCCCAACUUCGUCCGGGCACGGUACAACCUGGGUGUGUCGUGCAUCAACAUCGGCUGCUACCCAGAAGCCGCGCAACACCUGCUGGGAGCGCUAUCGAUGCACCGGGUGGUUGAGCAGGAAGGUCGAGAGCGGGCACGUGAGAUUGUUGGGGGCGAGGGUGGCAUUGACGACGAGCAGCUGGAUCGCAUGAUUCAUGUCAGCCAGAAUCAGAGUACCAACCUGUACGACACGUUGCGGCGAGUAUUUAGCCAGAUGGGACGACGCGAUCUGGCUGAUCAGGUGGUGGCGGGGAUGGAUGUCAAUGUGUUCCGACGGGAGUUUGAGUUCUAA